ACACACACACACACACACACACAAUGGAGUGCAAACACCAUUGUCGAUGAUAAAGCUCCAUGUCUGUCGGUUGUGAUGACAAAGAUUGUAAAUGGCAAACCUGCAUGUGCAACCCGACAAAUUACCCUAUCGCCGCAUCCAUCAUCUCAGCAUACAUCAAAAAUACACUGACAUAUCCGGCGGCUACUCAUAAAACACAAACACAAGACAAAACUCAAAAUCAUCAGAAUAUAUCAUCAAACAAACACACCCGUAAGACGCGCACAUACCACCUCAAAACCUAUCAACCAACACAAGAAACACGUCACGAAGUCACAAUCUCAAUCGCAAAAACACACAACGCACACAACCCAAAAACACACGCUCAACAACAACAAACACAACGGCAACAUCAUCAUCAUUCUCAACAACAACAACAACAACAACAACCGCAAUAUUCCAAAUCACACACAAGACCAAAUUCACGACAGACAACAUGUGGUCUGCACAUCGUACCCAACAAGUCCCAACAAUAAUGGACAAGAGGCAUAGCAGUGCAUCCAUUCACUAUCAGCCAUCUGGAACGACCCAGCAUGCACAAACAAUGCAUAGGGCAGCUGAACGGCUACUAAAACAAAUCAACAAAAUACACAACAAAUCAACAAACAGUAAACACUCUCAAACAUUCCCACACCAAUUCACUCAUUCACACUCUCACCAACACACACACACACACACACACACAAUGGAGUGCAAACACCAUUGUCGAUGAUAAAGCUCCAUGUCUGUCGGUUGUGAUGACAAAGAUUGUAAAUGGCAAACCUGCAUGUGCAACCCGACAAAUUACCCUAUCGCCGCAUCCAUCAUCUCAGCAUACAUCAAAAAUACACUGA